GACAUCAUCCAUUAUUAGGUCAAUGUGCACAAAUACAUAAGAUGGCACGACUACUCCAGUUAUUCGAGAUUUAUGGAGUGACCGCCUACUUCGCGGGACAUAAUCAUGUAUUACAGUAUAAAGCACCCGGCAAAUUUUCACCGGUGGCGCAAUUCAUCUCCGGAGCAGGAUCGAAAACAGGUACGGCAUGUGAAGGUGGGGAUUGGGGUAUGCCCAAGGGGACUUUUGGCUUCCUGCGUGUGACAGUGAGACAUGAGGAUAAGUCGGAGUUUGAAUUUAUCGACGCCACAACAUUAGAUAACCCUGGGGGUGAUUCGGUAUACACGGCGAUCGUGAAUGCAAGUUCUUAUUGGUAUCCAAAAUAG